AUCAAAAAGUGUAAACAACAAACAGCAAUUCUCAUUGAUGGCACGAUUUGUACAUUAACAAUUAAGGAUAAAUAGUCGAAGGAAAAAGUUGCAAAUCAACAGUUCGACAAUAAGAUGUUGAUUAAGUGAAUCAACUGCAAAUGAAAAUCCAAAUGACAACUAAUUUGAAAGUGGCUGUUUACUCAACUCCUCCAUACUCGACCUGCGAUUCUCACCAUUGUAUUGGACCUUUGGCCUCGUACACAUAUAGAAGGCUCUCAUUGGUUAACCAAUUCAAUUACACGAUCGUCGGCCUACGAACUGCUGAUUACGGUAUUUGUGAUGGAGAUAAUUGUUCCGGAAUAAUUGGUUUCAUUCAACGAGGAGAAGCGGACAUUGCCCUUCACUCUUAUCCACUGUCAGCGGUACCUUCGCAUUUGAACGGGAUCACUUUAGGUCCAGUUUUGGAUGAAGUUUCUUGCAACAUAUUCUCAUCACCACAAAGUCCGUUAAUAAUUCGUGAAGAUGUUCUCAGAUCGAUGUCGAUCUUUUCCUCAUCAAAAGUUAUCAUCUUCUUUGGAUUUCUAUUACUCCUGUUAUCCUUAUUUCCAUUGUCUUUACACAAUUGGACACGGAAAUCUAAACCAAGGCCGAAAACGAUUCUUGGACCAUUGGUUUUCACUUUUUUCGGUCAAGAAAGUUCAUCGGUUGCACUUUUAAGAAGAAAUAAAUUCUCUUCAAUCCUUUUACUGUUGAGUUUCAUCUCUUUACUUUUAUCCAUAAUCUAUUCAGGCUCAUUCACCACCGAUUUAACCUCGUUGACCCAACCAAAGCUAAUAGAUUCUCUGGACGAUGUAAUCGAAGCGUCUAAACAUGAUCAUUGUGUGGUUUCAUUUCUGUCGUCAAAAUGUUCACCGGUCUUGAAAAGCGGUACAUCAAAUGUUUAUCAACAGGUUCGAAAUGUAACUAUCUUCGGUUCGUACUCGAAGCUUUUACCCUUGAUCUUAGAUCAAGUCGGGAAAAGAAAAUCCUUAGAUAAUCAUAUCAGCUUAUCUACGAUUGAAGAAUCUGAUAGAUUACGAUUGACCCUUUGUAACACUAUUUAUGUUAAAUCUGGACAUUGGUAUCGAUCGCAACCUCCAUUCUCAGCCCCAGCCACCGACGAUUAUUACAAACAUCAUCUGUCCAAAUUUCUUGACCCAAUCGAUGCCGGAGGCUGUUUACACAAAACUGCUCUCCGUCACAAGAAUAACCUUUACGAGGUCUUCGGGUACCAAGCGUUAAUUUUUGGCAAUUACACUAAAUCGUUCAUCUAUUUUGGCCUCGGCUUGUUAAUCACAAUCAUUGUAUUCAUGUUCGAGUGUCUCUCAAAGUUGAUUGUUAAACCAUCCAUAAUGAAUGAUUUACCAAAUGAAAACACUAAUAGAAUCAAAAUCAUCACCAAUCGCAGUAAUUGAUUCAAAUAAUCAUCAGCUGAUUAGAUCACAAUCAAGUCUCUUUAUGAGAAUAGUUAAUAAUUGUAAUGACCAUUAAAUUCAGAAAAUUCCCUCAGAAUAAAUGAUUAAUUGUUUGAUAGAAACAAAGAUUAAUUUAAGAAUAAAAAGUUAAUUUAAUUCUUCAGGGUGUUGGAUUAAAUUAUCAUCUAUGUAACAAUUUAAACUAUUGAACAAAAAGUAAUUAAAAUAUCUAAUUAAGGAA